AUGACUACGACAGGCUCGGGAUGCGAAAUUUGGGGCGCUUGGAACAUUUGCCCAGCUAGCACACUCUUCAAUUUCGACGGCCAAGAAGUCGAUUUGGAAGCAGAACUCUUUUGCCCACUCAACUCUGUGAGCAAAUCCAAUUUCAUUGACGCUUCCCAAAAGGGACGUUGCGAAUGUCACGCAAGUCUAGUAGGAACCACCCAACCAAUGGAUUGCAAUUGCUUUGUAUGUCCGCAGGGGUCGCGGAUUGGUUUUGCCUACGAUUGCGAUCAGCGUAUUUUUGGGCCGUGUACGCAAUUCAAUUGUGCGGGUGAGUGCAAUGGGAGGUUCAGUUUUGGGUUGGAUGCGGCCACCGAGGCGCCGACGCCCGUGAUAAUUUCGGGAUCGUCACCAGCACAAGUUCACUCGUUGCCCAUGACGCUGGCCAUGUCAGUAUUGACGAUCUAUUGGAUGAUGCGUCACUAA